AUGUCGCCAAAAUACUGGCUCAUGAAAGCAGAACCCGACUCUCGCAUCGUGAAGGAGAAGGAUGUCAAGUUCAGUGUGGACGACUUCGACUCCGUCAAGACAACGCCUUGGGAGGGAGUGCGAAAUGCAGAGGCGAGGAACCUCAUGAAAGAAAUGAAAGUGGGCGACAAAGUGUUGUUCUACCAUUCCAACUGUAAGACACCCGAGGCUCAUUGUUUGUCUCAGGUGUCGCAAGAAGCCUACCCUGACUACACUGCCUGGGAUCCGUCACAUCCCUACUAUGACGCGAAAACGGACAAGGACAACCCAAAGUGGUACAUGGUAGAUGUGACGUUCGUAGCGCGGACUGCGCACUUCGUUUCCCUCGCGCUGCUCCGUCGUAUUGCAGGUGCUGCCACAGAUGAUACCCCGGAGGACGUAGGGUACAUUCACUCGGACGGCGUGAAGGCCAUCAAACAAAUGGCACUUGUCACUCGUGGACGACUGAGUGUUCAAAGAGUCGAGGAGAAGACAUGGAAUGUGGUCCAACUGCUUGCCGAAAACGGUGGCUGGGAAGAGUCUGAUACUGCACCGAAGGCAAGGGGUAAAGGUGGAGCAAAGAAGACCAAUGCGGGUACAAAGAAGAAAGCCGCCAAAGAGCCUGACGAGGAAGGCGAAGAUGCCGAUGCUGAGGAAGUGGAGGGCAUUGGCGGUGAGGACGACAGAGGAGGAUUGGCGAGUCGAAAGACCAGCCAGACUGCUGGUCGCAAGCGCAAGACACGAGAUGCCGAUGGGGAGAGCGCAGCUGUUACUGCCGGUUUGCGGCGGUCAACGCGGGCACGAAAAUGA